UGUGUAAUCUAUGAAUGUAAUAAUAGGUGUGAGCGAAUAUUAUAUUUCAGUCAAAUUUAUGUAAAAGUUCAAAAGAAAAUUAUUAAAAUCUUAUGAAGAAUGGGUUCAGCAUCAACCAAAACUAGAAAAUUAACUAUUGAAAAUGAGGAUUCCAGAAAUGUUAUAAAAGUUUCAGAUGAAGUAGUACAACGAUUAAAAGGAAGAGAAGAGGUAAGAAAUUUAACUCCUAGAUCAAGUGUUCAAGUUAUUCCUGAAGGUGUUCCUGUGUAUUAUUAUCCAGAACCAGUUUUAACGUCUUUACAAUGUCGACAGCAGAAGCAAAAUGCCUUAGAAGAAAAUGAUAAAUACUGGGAAAGAAGAAUACGAGAUUUGCAAAAAGGACAUGAUAAGAUGCAUGAAGUUAUGCAGUGUGAAUAUAAGAAAGCAAUAGAAGAAAUACAAGAAACCAAGAAGACAAACAAAGAAGUUCCAUGUAAAGAAAAUAAGCUGAAGGUAUUGGAUUGUUACCAGAAAUAUCCAAAUGAACCAAUGAGAUGUGCCCAAAUAGUGCAAGAUUUUGCUGACUGUGUUGAUUCACACAGGGCUUCUCGAACAAGCAGCAAAGGUUAAUGGAAAUGCAGGGUUAUCAUCGUUACAGUAGAAGAAUAUUACAGGCAGGUUGAAACAAGUUUGUAUAUAACAGUUUUUUAAAUAAAUUAAUAUUUAAAUUCGUUUUUGCUGUAACAGCAUCUGUUGAUCAAAUUAAAAUACAAAAAUUCAAAACUA